AUGAUGGGACGCGGCGAGUGCCUUUUGCGCGUGAAGGCGUGCCGGAACUUGUGUUGUAGCAUUUGGACGCAUGAAGGUGUCGGGGAGGUUGAGCGUGCGUUGGAUGUGCGGCUGGGUGGGUGGUUCAGCCCAAGGGAAUGUGGUCGUGUACAGGAGCCGCAGAAAGCGGGUUUUGCUGUGGCGAUUGCCGUCGCCAUUGCUCUGCGUGUUGUAGAGGCGGUCGGACUGCAGGGACGCAGACGUGGUCGUGUACAGACGCCGCAGAAAGUGGGUUCGGCUGUGGCGACUGCCGUUGCCAUUGCUCCGCGUGUUGUAGAGGCGGUCGGACUGCAUGGCCGCAGGUGUGGAUAG